AAAAGAACUGGAGGAGCGAAACGAAGUCGUUUAAAAGCUUCUUUUACAAGUAUGUCUUUUAACCCCCACACAAACUUGAGAAACUAGGGUUUGUGAUGGCUUCCUCAGAUCACGAGAUCAUCACUGACCCGUGGGAUCCUAAAUGUGUGAGGGCGUGUAGUAUGUAUAUCCCUGGACAAGAGCCCGAGGGUACGAAGCUUCUGCUGGAGAAGAUUCGUGGGAAACGUGACAGACGGAUCCACAAUCACACACAAGCUGAGGAGCAACGUAUCAUCAACGACCAGAUCGUCAAGUCACAGGGCUUUGAUGUUGAUUUCCUCAAGUUGCGUUACCUUUUCGAUUUCCAGCCUGCGUUUCUCGAUGAUAUCGAUACCGACACCGGCAGGGACUUUUUCGGUAGACUCUCUGCGGAAGCCAUUGAGAUCUACAACAAAACAGAGGGGACUGAUUUUGAGUUCGUUGAAGUUGAGAAAGCAAAUAUUUACUCCAACAGCGGAGAGGUCUACUUCAUCACGUUUGUAGCCAAAGAUCCGCUUGACCAGACAAAAGUGUUUCAAGCUAAGGUCAUUCAUGUUUUCUGUAGAGAGAUUGUACACAGCUUCUGCAGGCUUAAACCCAAUCAACAAGUAACAUGUGAUGAUGAAGAGUCUAUUGCAAAGAAAGCGCCCAUUACAAGUAAAAAGAAGAGAAAGCAUGGGUUGAAAAUUAAACGAAGGUUUAUUCAUUCAGACCCACAAGUUGAUGAUUUGGUCCUCGGUGAUACGCUAGCAGCCCAGCCCAAGAGCAAAGAACAUCCGUCAUCAACAGCUACUUAUGAAAACAGAGCACAAGGAGAUGAGAAGGAGCAAAGGACGUUUAGUGAGCUUACGAAUCGGUUCUCUGCCCUUGCUUCAUUUGAUUUAUCAAGGAUGAUUCCAUCUUUGUAGUUCACCUUGGUUUUAAACUUUUAGCCUGAAUGCAUCUGUAUUACAAUUUAAAAUCAAGACAAUAUGUUCACUUUGCAAUUUUUAGUUUAGAAGUGUUCUUAUA